CGGACUUCGCGGGCUGCCGGCUCCGGAGAAGCCGCGCUCCGCCCCGAGGAGGCCGCGGCCAGGCCAGCCAAGCGGCGGCCCCGAGCCCGGGCCCCGAGGGACUUGAACGCACUGGCUGAGGUCCGACGGACGGCACCAUUUGCGAAGGGGCCCCUGGGAUGAGCCACCAUGCGGGGACACCAGCCUGAGGCCCUGCGUCCCAAUCCGGCCGGGCGCCGGGGGCCAUGGCGUGGCUCCCAGAGCCCGCGGGCGGCCGGCGCAUGGUCAUCAUCAAUGUGGGCGGCUGCAGGGUGCGCCUGGCCUGGGCGGCGCUGGUGCAUUGUCCCCUCCCGCGCCUGGAGCGCCUACGGGCCUGCCGCGGCCGCGAUGAGGUCCUGCGCGUGUGCGACGACUAUGACGCGGGCCGCGACGAGUUCUUCUUCGACCGCAGCCCGUGUGCCUUCCGUGCCAUCGUGGCGCUGCUGCGGGCCGGCAAGCUGCGGCUGCUGCGUGGCCCCUGCGCGCUGGCCUUCCGCGACGAGCUGGCCUACUGGGGCAUCGACGAGGCCCGGCUGGAGCGCUGCUGCCUGCGCCAUCUGCGCCGCCGCGAGGAGGAGGCAGCCGAGGCGCGCGCCGGGCCACCCGGGAGCCCGGGGGACGCGGGGCCCCCCCGGCGCCUGCGGGACCUGCUGGACGACCCGCGCUCUGGCCCCGCCGGCAAGCUCUUCGCCUGCGUGUCCGUCGCCUUUGUGGCUGCCACGGCGGUCGGCCUCUGCCUGAGCACCAUGCCGGACAUCCGUGCGGAGGAGGAGCGGGGCGAGUGCUCCCCCAAGUGCCGCAGCCUCUUCGUGCUGGAGACGGUGUGUGUGGCCUGGUUUUCCUUCGAGUUCCUGCUGCGCUCGCUGCGCGCCGAGAGCAAGUGCGCCUUCCUGCGGACGCCGCUCAACGUCAUCGACAUCCUGGCCAUCCUGCCCUUCUACGUGUCGCUGCUCGCGGGGCUGGCGGCGGGGGGCGCGGGCGCGGGCGCGGGGGGCGCGGCGCUGCUGGAGCGCGCGGGGCUGGCGCUGCGGCUGCUGCGGGCGCUGCGCGUCCUCUACGUGAUGCGCCUGGCGCGCCACUCGCUGGGGCUGCGCUCGCUCGGCCUGACCGUGCGCCGCUGCGCGCGCGAGUUCGGGCUCCUGCUGCUCUUCCUCUGCGUGGCCACCGCGCUCUUCGCCCCGCUGGUGCACCUGGCCGAGCGCGAGCUGGGCGCGCGCCGCGACUUCUCCAGCGUGCCCGCCUGCUACUGGUGGGCCGUCAUCUCCAUGACCACCGUGGGCUACGGCGACAUGGUGCCGCGCAGCCUGCCCGGGCAGGUGGUGGCUCUCGGCAGCAUCCUCAGCGGCGUCCUGCUCGUGGCCUUCCCGGUCACGUCCAUCUUCCACACCUUCUCGCGCUCCUACUCCGAGCUCAAGGAGCAGCAGCGGCGGCGCGCCGCCAGCCCCGAGCCGGCCCUGCGCGAGGACAGCGCGCGCUCGGCCCCGGCCACCGAGGACAGCCAGUAGGGGCCCGCCGCAGCCGCCCACACCGGGGGUCCCCGCGCGGGGGGGUGGCCGCGACUGUGGCCCCCAAGAGGCCGCUCCUCCUGAGCUUCCUCAGGAAUAGAAGCGCCGCCCCCCCGCCCCGUCCCACGGGCGACCUCGGGGUGGAGGGGCCUGGGUCCUUCCCGGUAUCCGCCGCACGUCCCUCCAGCCGGCGCAGCCCUGAUGGGGGGGGCGGGGUACUGAUCCUCUGCUUCCGGUCAUUCCUUCCCUCUUUCCUCCUUCUUCCCUUUGGAGUUCAGAUUCCCUGGCCCAGAAAUUCCAAGGCCGUGGCAAAUGCCGGAGGCCACCUGUGUCUGCAGGCCGCACCCUCUGCUUCCCUGCUCCUUGGCAGGGCAGCUCCUGGAGGAGCUGUCCGCGGUGGGCAGUCUGGGGGGGGGGCUCCUGCUUCUGCAGGGUCAUCCACCGUGGGCGUCCCACUGCGACACUCGCACACACACGCACGCACACAUGCACACAGUUUCUUCUCGCCCAGCUGGAGGUGGGCCGGCUUCACUGACAACCUUCCGUCAGCUCCAAGUUCUCAGAGGCUCAGCGCAGGGAGCCGCACCAUGUCACUCACACCAGCAGCCAGGGCAGUCGCGCCACUAUCCUGCUGAGGGGAAAAGCCAUACAGCUUUAUCAGAGGUCUAAGCUUGCGGAAAGGGACCUUCAUCUACUCUGAUUAGAGCCCCACUUCUCGUGGGGCUGGGGAGCCUGAACCCCGCUGGCCGGUGUGACGACGGGGCCCCAGCUCCUUCCCACACACCUGGUGGCUGUGAGUGGAACCAAAGAAAGAGGCUACAGGUGACUUUUCAAGAACUGAGAUGGGCUCACGGAGAAAGAGGCCUCUACGUGUUUCAGUGUUCAUUUCGCCGUCGGGAUUUCUACUGCAUGCAGAAUUAGCAGUUAAUUUUAACGAACUGAUUAUCAGAAAGAAAGUAAAAAUCCACCCCCAGAGCAAGACAAGGGUCCAGGCGGGGAUGCCGGCUGCCGGAGAGACCGCGUGGGUGUCACCCACACGGAGCAGCUCCGGGCCAGACUCACUCUUGGACCUCGGGGCCAGUGCGGGAGGGGGUUGGGGGGGCCAUCCAAAAAUUCAGAAUAUCACUUCCUUGUACUUUCACCGUAUCUCUUUGAUAUUUCUGACACCUUGUCCCCAAAUAUAAAUUGUCUCCAUGAAAAAAAAAAACUGGUCAGUACACACAGCUCCGUCCCUACAGGCUUGACAGACUGUCCACUUUUCUUCAAACUCUUCCCUUGGCCUUUCUUUAAACAAAACACCUCUUACCUUUUCAAGGCAUUCAGUGGUCAGGGCCUCCCCUGGCCUGGUCCUGCUGGUCUGUCUGGGGAGCUGGUCUGCCUCUGGGGGCAGUCUGUCCUGGGGCACUGGUCUGUGCUGAGGGGCUGGUCUGGUCUGUCCCAGGAGACUGGUAUGUCUAGGGGGCUGGUCUUUCCUGGGGGAGGGGUUGGUCUGGUCUGUCCAGGGAGCUGGUCUGCCCUG